AAAUUACGAUCAUACCUCCGCCCUGGAAUUCUGAAGUUUGGAAGUGGUUUUGAUGACAUGGAGCACUUAACAGCACUGGAUGAAAAGUACAUGAUUUUGAGCUACCUGUUGUGACUCCACAGCACCAACUUUACAACCAGUAGUUAAGCCUACAGAAAUGGUUCAGAAAGACAAGACUGUGGGGGAGACGUCUCAAGUGGAGGUUGAGGCAAACUCGGGGCCGUCUGAGACUAGUUCUGAGGGCCCUGGCCCAGUGGAAGAGCCGGGAAACAUCGUUGUGGAGGUGUCGGCUCGCAGGAAAUUCAUCAGUGGAGUGGUGGAGGGCUUCUAUGGCCGUCCAUGGACAAUGGAACAAAGGAAAGAACUAUUCAGGAGACAGCAGAAAUGGGGCUUGAACACGUACCUGUAUGCUCCUAAGGACGACUACAAACACAGGAUGUUCUGGCGAGAAAUGUACUCUGUAGAAGAAGCAGAACAACUGAUGACCCUGAUCAGUGCUGCAAAGGAGUAUGGGAUUGAGUUUAUCUAUGCCAUCUCCCCAGGCCUUGACAUAACCUUUUCAAACCAGAAAGAAGUGUCAGCACUCAAGAGGAAACUGGAUCAGGUGACUCAUUUCGGAUGCAAGUCAUUUGCUUUACUGUUCGAUGACAUCGACCACAACAUGUGUCCUGCCGACAAGGAGGUGUUCAGCUCCUUCGCCCAUGCCCAGGUGUCAAUCACUAACGAGAUCUUCCAGUACCUGGGAGAGCCUGAGACCUUCCUCUUCUGCCCCACAGAAUACUGUGGAACAUUCUGCUACCCAAGCGUGGCCCAGUCCCCCUACUUGCACACAGUGGGCGAGAAGCUGCUGCCUGGUGUUGAAGUGCUGUGGACAGGUCCUAAGGUUGUAUCCAAAGACAUCACAGUGGAGUCCAUAGAGGAGGUCUCUAAAAUCCUGAAGAGAGCUCCGGUAAUCUGGGACAACAUCCAUGCCAACGACUAUGACCAGAAGCGCCUUUUCCUAGGGCCGUACAAGGGGCGCUCCACAGAGCUCAUCCCCCGCCUUAAGGGUGUUCUCACCAACCCCAACUGUGAGUUUGAGUCCAACUUUGUGGCUAUCCACACCCUGGCCACUUGGUACAAGUCCAACAUGAACGGCGUGCGCAAGGAUGUCGCCAUGACGGAUGGAGAGGACAGUACCGUGUCCAUCCAGAUUAAGCUGGAGAACGAGGGCAGCGAUGAAGAGUUGGAGACAGACAUGCUGUACAGCCCUCAGUUGGCCCUGAAACUGGCCCUGACUGAGUGGCUUGGGGAGUUUGUGGUGCCUCACCACUAUAACAGUCGCCAGGUACCCCACAGUGGUGCCAAGAGUUCAGCUAUUGACAUGGCAACCCUGGGCACCUCCUCGCUUUGCUCCUCCACAACGGUCACCACCGUUUUUCAACAGCCCAUUAUGGCCCCUUCAGGUGCCCCUGACCCCAACAACCACCCCAUGGUCAAGAGAUUGCAGCAACAGGAGGUAGAGGAGGUGGAUGUGGGGAAGAAAGAAUUUGAUGAUGAGCCCAUGGAGAUGGUGGUUGAGAAACCAGACGAGACGGACACAGAAGCUGAGUCUGUGGCAGAGGCUGAUACGGAGACCAAGACCUGCCUGGCCCACUUAGACAAGAUGGCUGAGGACAUGAAGCCCAUGGACACAGACAGGGAGGUACAGAUUCCUGAGCCAAAGUGUCCUGAAGAAGACAUUGACAUGGCCCCAAUGCAGACAGACGAACAGCUCAAACAGGAUGUCUUUAUUCCCGGCCCCAAUGAAAAGGCACUGUUCACUGCGGAGCCUCUCUCUUUGGACGACCUCACCCUGCUAGCCGAGCUCUUCUACCUGCCCUACGAGUACGGGCCCAAGGCAAUGCACAUGCUCAAGGAGUUCAACUGGCUACGAGCCAACAGCAGCACCGUCAGCGUCAACUGUCAGGGAAAGGAACCUGAGAAGGUAGCCGAGUGGAAGGCCCGGGCUGAAAAGUUUGAGGAGAUGUGUUGCUCCGUAAUCCAGAUGUUCACUAGGCUGUCCAACUCUGCCAACCGCACCAUCCUCUACGACCUCUACCCUUACAUCUGGGACAUCAAAAGCAUCACCUCCAUGGUCAAGUCCUUUGUCCAGUGGCUAGGGUGCCGUAGUCAGGCCACUGCACAGUUCCUUAGUGGAGACCAAGAGCCUUGGGCCUUUAGGGGCGGUCUAGCAGGAGAAUUCCAGAGAUUGUUACCAAUCGACGGGGCAAACGAUCUUUUCUUCCAGCCUCCCCCAGCAAUGCCGACAUCCAAAAUCUAUUCCAUCAGGCCCUACUAUCCUAAAGAUGAGCAUGCCGUGUACAAGAUCUGCAGAGAGAUGUACUCUGAAGGAGUAGAGGGACUGCCUUUCUCUGGAGAGGAGCCUGACCUCAUAGGGGACCGGUUUGUAGGAGGGUUCCUGAACCUGAGUCCAGAUUAUGGCUUUGUCCUGGAGGAUGAGGAGGGGAUAUGUGGUUAUGCACUGGGAACCGUGGAUGUCAAGCCCUUCGUCAAAAAGUGCAAGAUGAGCUGGAUCCCCUCCAUGCAGGAAAAAUACAACAAGCCUGACUGCCAGAAGGACCUCUCUGAAGCUGAGAAGAUGAUGUUGAGUUUUCAUGAGGAGGAGGAGGGCCUCCCGGAGUCAUUCCUGUCCAAUUUCCCAUCCUUAAUCAAGGUGGACAUCCAUGCCAAGGUCACCGACCCCAGCGUUGCCAAGAGCAUGAUGGGGUGCCUGCUUUCCUCCCUCAAGGCAAAUGGUUCACAUGGUGCAUUCUGUGAAGUGCGUCAGGCAGACAAGCGGAUGAUAGACUUUUACAGUAAGCUGGGCUGCUUCGAGGUUGCUAAGAUGGAGGGCUUCCCGAAAGACAUCAUCAUCAUGGGCCGCAGCCUCUGAGGAGGACAUCAUCAUCACCAUGCAAUGCAGUCUCUGACAUCGUCAUCAUCUUUGUUGCAGCUUCUGAGACAGUUUGCUUUGGCCAAAAAAGCAACUACGGAGCUGCAUAGAGAUUCAGCCCGGAUAAGGAUUUCCAUCUGACUGUUAAUUUUAUAAAUCAAAUCUAUAUGUGUCUAGUCCACCCAGGAGUAGGCGAGGCUAGAGGCAGCUUGUUUUUAGGUAGUGUUCAGAAAACACACUUGUACAGAUUCAUUGUGCUGUACCCAGAUGCCUAGUGCUCUGCCUGGAUUAAAAAUGAGUACCAAAACGUAAGAGCCACAGAGGUCAACUGCAGCCCUGUAAAGCUGUGUGCGCGUGUGUGUGCGCGUGUGUGUGUGUGUGCGCGUGUGUGUGCGCGUGUGUGUGCGCGUGUGUGUG